GUGCUGAUUGGUGACUACCGACCGGAGUACCUACGCACUACGCAGUGGUGAAUCGUAGUGUGAUCUAGCGGCUCGCGCUGUCAUUCUCGUUGCAUGUGAGAGCAAUGCGGUCCGAUUUGUGCGUUACUGCGUAGCACGUUACUACACGAUUGGUAGGUAUUCGAUCAAAUAUCUCUGGCUCUGGCUCAAUCGUUGUGCACAAAUACGACGCUUUUGGUCUACGUCCACCGUGCCGUCGGGCCUCCUGACAAUUAGCGGUAAAAGUCUCCAAAACCAACAUGAACGGGUACAGAUUAUGCGGCGACAUGGUUCACCUGCUAGCCUUCUUGAUGCUGCCGGUCGCGAUGUGGAGGACCAAAUCUUGCGCUGGUAUUUCGGCAAAAUGUCAAAUACUUUUUGCACUUGUUUUCUCAGCAAGAUAUAUUGAUUUAUUCACAUAUUAUGUGUCUCUAUAUAAUAGUGUUAUGAAAGUUGUGUUUCUAUUAUCAUCAUACGGAACAUUAUAUUUGAUGUUUUAUACAUUUAAGACAACAUACGAUUACAAACAUGAUCGCUUUAGAAUCCUGUACUUGAUUUCUCCAGCAUUGUUAAUAUCAUUUUGCAUUGUAAACGUUUAUACUAUAAUGGAGUUUUUAUGGACGUUCAGUGUUGUUUUGGAAUCAGUUGCAAUUGUGCCACAAUUGCUUAUGUCAAGAACAAGCAAAGACAAAUCUAUCAUUCCAUAUUAUUUAUUUGCCCUGGGCUCUUACAAAGCAUUGUAUUUACUGAAUUGGAUUUACCGUUAUAAUGAAUGUGAUUUCUUUGAUCCAAUUUUAAUUGUUGCUGGAAUUGUGGAAACAAUCAUCACAUUUUCUGGUUACUUAUCAAUCUUCAUAAAACCUAAAGCUAAAAGUGGACCGAUCCGAGUAGUUGUAACAGAUGCUGCUGGUCCACUUGCCUACUCUUUGAUAUUCAAAAUUGCCAAUGGCGAUGUAUUUGGAACUAAACAACAAGUAAUCUUACAUCUUAUAGAUGAACCUUCAGCAAUGGAAGUUCUCGAUGGUGUAUGCAUGGAGAUUGAUGAUCUAGCUUUACCUUUAGUCAAAGAUUAUGUGAAAACAACCAAAUUUGAAGUAGCAUUUAAAAAUGUUGAUGCUGCUUUCUUGUUGGGAACAAUGCCAAAUAGUGAUAGGAAAGAACAAAAAGACUUUCUAUCAUCUAAUGUGAAAAAAUUCAAAUUAUUAGGCGAAGCUUUAGACAAAUAUGCAAAUAAAGAUGUUAAAGUUUUGGUGGUUGGAAAUCCAGCCAACACUAAUGCUUUAGUAUGCUCUAUAAAUGCUCCGUCCAUACCCAAAGAAAACUUUACUGCUAUGACAAGACUUGAUCAAAAUCGAGCCCAAUCUGCUAUUGCUAUAUAUCUUGGACUAUGUGUAAGUAAUAUAAAAAAUGUUACAAUUUGGGGUAAUCAAUCAUCAACUCAAUUCCCUGAUGUUUUCAAUGCAUCAGUACAAUCAUGUGAUAGUUUAAAAAGUGUAUAUGAUGCUAUUAAGGAUAAACAAUGGCUUGAAGAUGAUUUUAUUAAGAUCAUUCAAACUAGGGAAGCCGCUGUCAUUCAAUCUAGAAAACAGUUGUCAGCCAUGUCUGCUGCAAAAGCAGCUGUUGAUCACAUGCACGAUUGGUGGUUUGGAACUGCUGAUGGAGCCUGGGUUUCAAUGGGAGUUAUAUCCGAUGGUUCAUAUGGUGUGCCAAAAGAUUUGAUUUACUCUAUGCCAGUAACUAUUUAUAAAAAACAAUGGACAAUUGUACAGGGUCUGAAAAUAACUAGUUUUGCAAAGAACAAAUUGAAUUUGGCGGCUAAAGAACUGCUCUAUGAAAAAGAAGAGGCUUUGGAAGUUUCCAAUCCUUGUUGUGUGUUACUCUUGACUGAAUGUAAAACCUGAGUAUUAUAUUUUGGACAUAGUUUUAACAUUGAAUAAUAUGCUUUAACAUUA